AAAUAUUUACGCCCCCUAAUUGUUUGAAAGUAUUAGGGGGUGGAGAUCAAUUUUAAAUAUUUGUAUCAGUCGAUCCUCGACUGGGUGACUGUACAGAAGCUUCAGUAUGGAGAGGAACAUUUUAUUGUUAUCUCUGGUAUUGUGUUUCUUAACUUAUGCGAAUUCCGAAUGUUCCGUAUCCGAUGCAGUAUCGACUGACGAUACUUUUCCUGAUAUAUUUGACGGUAUCAAAUCCUACGAAGUUUCUGUACUGUUUACCAAUUAUGUAGCGAAUGAAACAAUUUAUAUGAAAGAAUAUUAUGAUAUAUCAUCGUCGAGCGGAAGAAUUCAAAUAUGGCGUAGAGGUGAUUACAAAGAUUUUAGAUACUUCAAAGAAACCAAUGAAGCAUUUACAUAUAUAAACCGUACAUGCACUACUGUACCGUUAGACGAAGCGGCACCUCCAUUUUUAGAAGAUCAAGCAAAGAAUUGGUUAGACAAAGAAUAUGACGGUGAUAACGUUGUUAGAUAUCUCUAUGGACCUUCUGCUUUGUUAAGGAGAGGUUAUAAAAAUUUCAUCAAGAAUAAAGAGAAUUUGGUAUAUUUGGGCAAGGAUGAUACAGUUCGAUCAAUUCCUGUAGACAAAUGGAAAGAAUGCGUUGAUGAUGAUAAUGAAAUAAACUAUUACUUUACCGUUUCAGACUGGAAAAACCCAGAAGGAGUCAGUGUACCGGCAAAGGUACCUGCCAGAAUUACAUAUGUAGGAAAAGAUAAUGAAUUUCAAUACAAUCAAACCAUUGAUUUCUUUCUUUUUAAACCAGUUGUCAGCGAUGGAGCUAUUAGAAUUACAGAAGGCUUUGGAUGCAAACGUGAAACGAAAAAUAAAUUACCCGUACCGAAAUUCAUUGAUAUAGAUCACUUGGCAAGGGCUGAGAUUGUUUAUUAUCCACUGAAGAGUCAAGACAUAUAUUCUCAUUAUGUCAGCUCGAUUCAGAUAGCGUAUCAUAAAAUAUCUGGACUCGUCAUGUAUCGCUUUGCACCUUGGAAAACUGGAACCGAAACAAAGGAAAAACGAGCAGAAAUAGCUGACCUAGAAACUAUAGUUUGGGAUAAUGCAAACAAGGUUGUUUUCGUCAUCGAUGAGGACACGGAAGAUUGUGAGAUAGACAGAAAUGAAAAUUAUUAUCCAGCAUUUCCAUUACCGGAUGAAGGAGAAAUCGAUCUUCUACAUCCCGAGAUCUUAUUUAAUAAUGAAGGUUUUCAAUAUAUAGACGAAACGGAAAUUCGAAAUAUCCCCGCAGUAAUUUAUGAGAAAACAAUUCAAGAUAUGUAUUUUGGAAGUAAAUAUGUUCCAUUCACCGUUAUAACUCGUUAUUACAGUAAGGAUACAACCAAUAUUGGCGGUGUUACCGAUAAUAUACCGAUAAGAGUAAACAUAGCUUUCUACGGCGAUGAAGAAAAAACCAUCGUUACUAAUAUUAUAGUAAUCAAUUUAUACACAUUUAUCACGGAAAUCAAACGUUCUUGGGCAUUGUUUGAUGUUAGUAAAUGCUUCAAAAAUUACGAAGAUUUUCAAUGGUUUACAGUAAGAUUUAGUGUUCCCUACGGAGUAGAGGCAUCAGCAUUGAGAGAGGCAAGCAGAAAUAUUGAAGAAGAAUUCUUAAAUACACUUUAUUCAAAAUCAGGCCUAAAUCCUUCUAGAAUUGCUAGAAUACUUGUCGAUGUUGAAUAUGAUUUGUUAUCUGUAGAAGUUCUUCUGGUAGAAAGGCCACCGACGUUUUUGGAAUUUAAUAUGCGUGACAAUGAAGAAGAACUCGAGUCCUACGAUACCGCCGAUACAGCUUCAGAUAUGCACGAAUGUACCGUUAAAUGUACAGAAUACGAAGGCGAGAAACCAUGUCUGACGGUCGCCUAUUGUGGAAAAUCGUGUUAUAUGAGUACCAAAGCUAAAGUUAAGGGAAAGCCUAAUAAAGAUUGUUUGACAUUCGAUAGAAACGUGACAAUGACUUCCAUCGCCUCUACGGAUGAUCUGUUAAAGGAUAUUAAAGGAGUGAUCCUCGGAGGUUUUUCGUUGUAUCUGAAAGUUCAUAAAGGCGACCUCGAAGACUAUUAUAAUUUUGAAGCAAUUUCGUUCAAUGAUGCAGAUCAUGUUGGAGAAGACGACAAAACUCUUAGGGAAAGAGAUUUUACGAGAAAAAUGGCUGGAUAUAAACUAGUUGACGACGGAAAAACUAAAGUGGUUACCUAUGGAAGACAAUCGUUAACUUAUUGUAGACGUAUCUGUAGAAAUAAUCCGGAUUGCGAAACCAUAUCAUACUGUUUCGCUUCGAAUGAAUGUAAAAUAAGUAGUGAAUUCAGAGCCGAAAUAAACCUGGAAUACGUCAAAAAAGACACUCAAUGCGUCAUCUUUGGACGCGAUUACAUUUCUGCUUAUCAAAAACACGCUGGUACAAAGUUAACGAGGAAAGCGGAGGUUAUUUUAUCGGAGGAGAGUGAAAAUGACUGCGCUAGAAUGUGUUCGACAAACAAAGAUAAAUGUAAAUCUUUCGAUUUCUGCGACGACAAAGAUACCAAGAAAAAGGCAUGUCUUUUACAUUCCGCUCAUAUUGCUGACGAACGAAAAGAAUCGAAAAAUGUUGCAGCGGCGAUUAAUUGUAUUCAUUAUUCCAGAAAAUAUAUUUACGAUUUUAAACAAAUUCCGAGUAAAAGAAUUACAGGAAAUGGUGAUUUAAUGUUGAAAGAUGUAGAUGCGGAUCAAUGCGCUAAAUUGUGUGUCGAAACGGGAGCUUUCCUCUGUCAAUCUUUCGAUUAUUGCGAAGCUAACGAAGAAAUUGAUAAUCGAUGCAUUCUUAGUCGUGAGGGUGGAAAUGCCGUAACUGUGACGAAAAAAAAUUGUAAUCGAUACUACAGAAGUUCGAACAGUCUUUCGGAUACCAAUUCUUUAUACAGUAACGGUCUUGGUGUAGGCUUAGGAAUAUUAUUCUUUGCCAUUGGAAGUGCUAUAGGCAUCGGAGGAACACUCGCAUUUGGUUACUACCGUGCAAACAGGCGUUAACCUCAUAAAUUGUAUUUAAAAACAAAAAAAUAUAUAUAUUUAUGUUAAAAACAAACAUUUAAUAUAUAAAAUACAAUUUAAAUGAGAAUUAAAACACCUUCGUUUUGGUGGAUGUCGUCACGCCCUUGGUUCCACUUUUGUUAUGUUUUCUUGAAGUGUAAAUAGUAAAACAGAAUGAAAUUAAUAAAAAGUAUCUAAUCAAAAUUA